ACAACUCUUAGACCAUUUUGUUCUAAUUCACAAACAAAUAUAAUUUUCUUGAACUCUUCCCAAAAAUUCUUAUGAAUCCUUUUAUGCCCCACUCUCCCCUACCGAGUUAGUCAGUCAUUCCGGCAAGGUCAAGUUGAACUUUUUCUCUCUCCGCGGCAUAAAAUAAUUUAAUAAUUUUAAAACACUACCACUCAGUGAUUUAGUUCAGUGAAGCCAUUCCCCGCGCAUUGAGCAAACUCUGAAUUGCAGCAGUUGGCAGAAUUAAUAAGAAAUGGCUGAGAAAGCAGAUAUUGCGCUAAUUGGACUGGCCGUAAUGGGUCAGAAUCUCAUCCUCAACAUGAAUGAUCAUGGCUUCGUCGUGUGCGCCUUCAACAGGACCGUGGACAAGGUGCAGAACUUCCUGAGCAACGAGGCAAAGGGCACAAAGGUCAUUGGGGCCACAUCAUUGCAGGACAUGGUGAACAAGCUGAAGAAGCCUCGGAAAGUGAUGCUCCUCGUCAAAGCUGGAAGUGCUGUGGAUGAUUUUAUUCGGCAGCUAGUACCGCUCCUUUCGCCGGGAGAUCUCAUUAUUGACGGCGGGAAUUCGGAGUAUCAGGACACAACGAGAAGGUGUGAGGAGUUGGAGAAGCAGGGAAUUCUCUAUGUGGGCUCUGGUGUUAGUGGUGGUGAGGAGGGUGCACGUCAUGGUCCUUCCCUGAUGCCUGGAGGUCAUGAGAAGGCUUGGCCCCUCAUCAAGGACAUCUUCCAGGCGAUCUGUGCAAAGGCCGAAGGGGAGCCGUGCUGCGAUUGGGUUGGCGAUGGAGGUGCCGGGCAUUUCGUGAAGAUGGUCCACAAUGGGAUUGAGUACGGGGAUAUGCAGCUCAUCUGUGAGGCGUAUGACCUCAUGAAGGCUCUGGGGAUGAGUCAGAAGGAGAUGGCGGAUGCAUUUGAGGAGUGGAAUCGUGGUGAAUUGGAUUCCUUCCUCAUUGAGAUCACGAGGGAUAUUCUCAACUUUAAGGAUGACAAAGGGUACCUCCUGGAGAGGAUUCGUGACACAGCUGGGCAGAAGGGAACGGGCAAGUGGACUGCUGUGGCUGCUCUCAACUACGGUGUCCCCGUGACCCUAAUUGGUGAAGCUGUUUUCUCGCGGUGCUUGUCAGCACUGAAGGAGGAGCGUGUUCAUGCGAGUCAUCACCUCAAGGGACCCGCAGUGGCUGCCACGACUGCGGAUCGUGCGGAAUUCCUCAAGCACAUCAAGAAUGCCCUCUACUGCUCAAAGAUCGUCUCCUACACACAGGGAUUCAUGCUGAUGCGUGAGGCAGCGCGCGAGUUCAAAUGGCGCCUCAAUUACGGUGGGAUUGCCCUCAUGUGGCGCGGUGGAUGCAUCAUCCGGAGUCGCUUCCUGGGCAACAUCAAGGAAGCCUUCACGCGCAAUUCCAACCUCACGAAUCUCCUCCUCGAUGACUUCUUCCGCAAGGAAGUUACACGCUGCCAGGACUCAUGGCGUCAAGUUGUGAGUAAAGCUGUCCUCUGGGGUGUCCCCGUGCCCGCUCUCUCUGCAGCUCUCGCCUUCUACGAUGGCUACAGAUCGGAGAGAUUGCCGGCAAAUCUCCUUCAAGCGCAGAGGGACUACUUCGGUGCCCACACGUAUGAACUUCUGGGGCAGGAAGGGAAGUUUCAUCAUACAAAUUGGACCGGAACAGGGGGAAAUGUCUCAGCUAGCACCUAUCAGGCAUAAAAUGCCGUCAUUUUCUUUUCUGGGGAGUCUUUGGAACCAUGGGGACACACUAACUCAUUCCAGCGAAUCUUUGUGAUAACCAUUGGCUAUAUUUUUGUAUGAUCUUUCCUCCCAGUGUGGAUGCUUUUAUGGGGACAAUAAAGGUUUUCAGAAUUUUUUUCAAUAA